UAGGUUUCACGCACGAAUGAGAGCUCAUGAUAUCGAGAUGGAGUAUCGAAGACAACGUAUGGAAAGGGAACGGAUGGCUUGGGGAGAACAAAUGAAAGACCAGUAUGCUUAUGAUAUGCAUAGAAUGAGUCCCUUCCGGGGAUGGCUGUUCAUGGUCCUCCCAGCUUUCCUCAUAGUAUCUCUUUUCACACCGAGACGACACAGGGAAGAGGGUGCGGCUGAUUUCGCUACGGGAGAUUUGCUUUAUGAUUACGAAGGGCGAGCGUAUGUACGAGGGCCUGAUGGACGUAAUGUCCGAAUACCCAAAUAUGACCACGCGCCGCCAUCAAUGAGUGCUGGCCCUCCUCCUCAACUAGCGGAAAGGGAUUAUGUCUCAGUGGCUGCUCCGACUCGGUACAUUUGAGUUUAUCAUAUCUCGUAUUGUUCGCGUCGUUUAUACGUCUUCUCCGUACAGGGUGCUCUGGAGGGCACUCUAGGGUUGUCAUCACGUAAUAGUGUUGUUGUCGGUG